AUGUCUUCACCGAAGACAGCAAAAACGGCCGACGUCCGUGAUUUCGUCUUCAAAGAUGAGAGUCCCAGACGGAUUGUCAUAAAGGUCCACAGCAAGGAUUUAGGCAUGACAGAAGGAGCUCCAGGCAGGUGGGCUCUCAGAGAUGUUACCGAUCUCGUCAAUGCAAUUUUUCCGGGAUGGGAAACCGACUACAGAAUCAGUCUCCUUGCCCUAGACGUGAGGAGUAUUUACUCAUUUGUCAUUAUUGAUGUGAACAACCAUGGUCAAGAUAUUCUCAUGGUUCAUAGAUUCCAUGCAGUCAUCCCGGUUUAUGUUAUGAGACCAUAUGGAAGCUGGGGAACCUGGAAGUUGAUCGGGAUGCCUACUGAGGAUAAGCAUGUUGCCGAUGAACUAGAGAGCCUGUAUCGGGCAAAUGGUUAUAUGGUGAAGCCUUCUCAUGACAAUUAUGGACCGCGUCGUUUUGCUGCUGAGCUUCGGUCUCGUGAUGGUAUCGUGGUUUUUGAAGAAACAUUUUGA